AUGAAGUCUCCAAAAGCACUGCAGGACAUGCCCAUGGUCUACCGGACUCACCGUUUUCCCCAGGGAGACUUUGGCAAAGCACUUUCCCCUGGUGGCUCACUCGCAAGCCUUACACCUGAGAUGGUGUUGCAGGAAAUGCCCGUUUGGGAGAUCAUGCUUCGGAAAUGCCCAUCCCCGGGCCUCCACCUAGAGCUCCUCUACCGUCCACCCCCUCGGUCAGUCCAGACCCGUUCCCCUGACUUUCUGGAAGGCCUGUCCUCUGGUUUCAUGGCUGUCUCCUCCCCGGGGACCCUGAGCCUGGAGAGCCUGGAGAGCUUAGACUCUGGCCCCGCCGGCCAACUGGAUGAGGAGCAGUGGCAGCGGCCCUGUGACUUCCUGGAAGUUGACUGUCGUUUUUUCCCUCUGUCUGUGCAUGUCCUGUGUCUGGUGUGGGUCCCCCUGGUGGCUGCCCCAGUACUGGAUCUGGAGGUUGAGCACAGCUUGGACGUGACCUUGGUGGGCUCCAGUGAGCUGUCGUCCCCCUCUUCACCCUGGCCAGACAGAGAUCUUAUCGCAUACGAAGUCAUGGUUAACCAGCGAAACAUAGAAGACAUCUGCCUCUGCUGUGGGAGUCUCCAGGUCCAUACACAGCACCCUCUGUUCGAGGGAGGAAUGUGUGCCCCAUGUAAGGACAAGUUCCUGGACACCCUCUUCCUGUAUGAUGAGGACGGGUACCAGUCCUAUUGCUCUAUCUGCUGCUCAGGAGACACCUUGCUCAUCUGUGAGAACCCUGACUGCACCCGAUGUUACUGUUUCGAGUGUGUGGAUACCCUGGUCAGCCCUGGCACCUCAGAGAAAGUUCACGCCAUGAGCAACUGGGUGUGCUUCCUGUGCUUGCCCUUCCCCAGCAGCGGGCUACUGCGGAGGAGGAGGAAGUGGCGGGGCCAGCUGAAGGCCUUCUACGACCGUGAGGCGGAGAGUCCCUUGGAGCUGUAUGAAACCGUGCCUGUGUGGAAGAGACAGCCAGUGCGGGUGCUGUCUCUUUUUGGGAACAUCAAGAAAGAGCUGACGAGUUUGGGCUUCUUGGAACAUGGUUCUGACCUGGGGAGGCUGAAGCACCUGGAUGACGUCACUAAUGUAGUGAGGAGGGACGUGGAAGAAUGGGGCCCGUUUGACCUGGUAUAUGGCUCGACACCUUCCCCCAGCCACGCUCGUGACCAUCCUCCCGGCUGGUAUCUGUUCCAGUUUCAUCGGCUCCUCCAGUAUGCAAGGCCCAGGCCCGGCAGCCCGCAGCCCUUCUUCUGGAUGUUUGUGGACAACCUGGUGCUGACCCAGGACGACCAGGCUGUAGCAGCUCGCUUCCUGGAGGCAGAGCCCGUGACCCUGCAGGAUGUCUGUGGCAGAGUCCUCCAGGAUGCGGUGCACGUGUGGAGCAACAUCCCAGCUGUGAAGAGCAAGCACGCGGCCCUGGAAGCUGAAGAGGAGCUGUCCCUGCUGGCUCGGAACAGGCAGCGAGCACAGCAUCCCACCCCUGGGCCUGCCAGGCUGGUCAGGAACUGUUUCCUCCCACUAAGAGAAUAUUUCAAGUAUUUUUCAACAGAACUCGCUUCCUCUUUAUAAGUGAGUCAUGAUACCAGGAAAAAAAAAAAAAAAGACUUUCCUAGAAGAAAGACAACUUUCCUCCCAUUGUCUCUUUCCCCCUUUAGAUUCUUUUUUAUUUGCUUGAUUUUGGGCCUGCUGCGGUUAGUUCCAGAUCUGCAGGGGCCUCCUUGAUCAUGCUCACACUCGUGCAGGGAAGGGGGCGAAGCUCUGGGUAGCUGUGAGCCAGACCCAAGUGCUGGUG